ACAACACGCGUAGACUGUGGCCCACCUUAUCGUUGAAUCAUCACCAUACCACCGUUGCGUGAUCAUAACUUUCACUUCAACUUUCAAUCCUCCUCCAGCGUUUCGUGCAAGCUUUCUAGAGUAUCAUUCCAGCUCUCCAUGACUGAUCACGCUAUUUGCCGGGCUCGUCUGCUUUCGGACUUGUCUGCACAGACACCUUGCGAUAAAGAAGCGACUUCGUCCGACGGCCGUCUUUGCGCCUUCCACGCUCGGCAAUGCCAGGCCAUGUAUCGUGGCUACAAGAAGCGCAACGAGGAGCUUGAUAGAAUCGCCGAGAACCAGCCGCCCUACCUUGCCAACAACAAGACCUCCAUUGUCGUGCAAGAAUUCAAAGACGUCGAAGAUGAGGCCACUUUGCAGGGACUCCACGAGUAUUUGUUCAACAAGUAUGUCAUACUCGAGAAGGUUAUCAAGGCUCGCAAGCUUCACCACAGUCACUUCUACGCUGUCGAUAUGGAUUAUGGUCAUGAGAAGUACCUGACAAAGCUUCUUAAUGAUAAACACGUCAUGUCCAGGGCUUUGGAGCGCCUCGGUAAAAGAGGUGCCGAAAUUGUGCACCAAAAGAAAGAGUGGCUCGGAUGGGUGAAGAAACGCCAGGAGGAAGAAGAGAGCCAUCGUGAGAACGAGAGCAAGAAGGUCAAGCUGGAGGCUCUGUUGCUCAAGCGCCACCAGAAAGAACUCCAACGUCAGCAGCAGGAGGCAACAGCGAAGGAGCAAAAGCAACGCGAGGAAGAGUACCUCAAUGGAGUACUCAAACAGCGUCUGUCCGAAAUGACCGAAGAGGAACAAGAUGACUGGGAUCCAGUUCAGGACGUCUUCGGCUACGAACGGGCUAACUAUGUUGACCUGAUUAAAUUCUUCUUGAUGCUUCAAGAUCAGGAUAUCUUGACUACAUCAGAUGAGAAAAAUAGCCCUCCUCCAGCCGUUGCUCCCAAUGUUUCCGAACCUGAGAAGGAGAAGCCCCUGUCCAAGAGCGCAAAGAAAAGAGCCAAGAAGGCGAACAUGGAGCAGAAGAAGCUCGAAACCCCCACGGGCCAGUCUUCUGAUGAUAAGGGACCGAAGACAAUCGAAAUGGAGGCCAAGCGCCAAAUGCGAGAGAGGCUGUGUAAGCCUGUCAAGCAUGAGCGACCCAUGGGAUUCUACCUAUCAUCACCUGGGGGGCCUGCAGGUUUCCACGCGGAGACAAAGGCCAUUCCUGAAGAUGAGCUGGAUAAAUUACUUGAAGAGGUCGCUGAGAUCAAGCAUCUGCUCUUUUGUCGGCUCCUGUUGUCUCAUGCCACUCUGUUACCAAUUGCCCUUCGAUCGGACAGCAUUGAAGACUUCCUGGCCGACGACGAUGUCACUCGAGAGCACUUGCGUGACUUGUGCUUGAAGCUUGAGCGCCCGGGCCUGCAAGAUGUUCGUGAUGCCUGUGCUGAUCUUGUGCGCGGAGAAGAUGAAACAGCUGAAUACACCGGCGCAAAGGGGUCGGAAGAGGACGAUGAAGACAACAAGAAAGGCAAGAUUCCAGACAAAUACGCUCUCAGGUUCCGCGACAAAUCACGUCUCCCAGAGAAGUACAUGACGAAACGCGAGAAAGCUGCUAAGAGUGCCAAGAUCGAACAAAAGAUGUUCGGCCAGCAAAAGCCUAUGAAAGAUGCCAUAGUUGAGUUUGACGACGACAUAGAUGAGACUGGCUACGAACGCAGACAAACACGCAUCAAGGUCUGCGGUCGCUAUAUGUACAACUACCCGUCGGAGAAGGCUCUCCCUCGUGGUGGAUGGUACCACUUCUCUGUCAUUGCGAAGGACUCUAGCUUGUUUGAUGCUAUAGAGCUCUGUCGUAACUGGAAUGAGUUCUUUGAGCUCAACAUCCUCGCUAUGUAUCACUACUUCCCAGCGCCCAAGUGGACGAGGUUUGUGGGCGACAUUAUGCGUCAGCAGCUGCUACAACUCGGGUUCAUACCAUACUUUGUGAGCGAACACGCGGAGAAAGUCACCCACUACUUCCAAACUGGUUCUCGUGGCAUGGCCCGCCGUUCUCACCAAUUCACUGAGAUGAGGAAUUUCAUCUGUGGUAACGUGAAACGGGACGAUCCCGUCAGCCGACGCUUUAUUCAGUAUUUGUCCAUGGAGACGUGGGAGAUCCGCGCUCUCGUCCGUGACCGAAAGACGGGCAAAAUCCUCGUCCGACCUCCAGAGGAGGAGUUCUGGCUUCUCCGCGAGAAGGCUGGCUGGGGCCGUGCUAGCAAGAACGAGUUCGAGAAUAUUAUCGAGAUCGGGCCUGAGUUCUUUGAAACCGUGGAGAACUCCAGAAAAUGGCAUUUCGGCUUCGACGAAUAUUAUGACGUCUACAUUUGGGAUACUGCGCCUGGCAGACCAUACUUCGUACUGCAGCGCAGGGUCGAAGAGAUCUUGUCUCGUGCUAUCCGCGUCAAGGAAGUAAAGGAUAUGUUCAAAGUCUGCGCGCCCAUCUUUGAAACGAUUACCAUGGAAAAAGAGACCUCAAGAGUGCGCUCGAUCAAACCUGGGGAAGAGGUCGAAAGCAUGUGGGACCGCAUAGAAGCCAAUGCCCAUGCGUUCCAGUACAAUCCCCACCAAAAGACCCCUCAGGAUUUGAAAAUAGGGAUCGAUCAAACAUUCGUCUACACCGAGGCGGACGAGAUCGAGGAUUCCAUUCUCUUUCCUGAAGAGGGGACUGGCGAGAUGAAGGACAACGUAUUCCGAGCGAAUCCCAGCUUAUUGGAAAUGUUCGAGAAGAAGCCCACCAUUGAUCUUCGACGCUUUGCGAGGGAUCUUGAUUCCGAUGAAGAACUUUCGGAGAAGGACUGUUUCGGUGAAUCUGAUGAGGACUUGGAAGCGGUGGAUGAUGACGGUGAUGAGGCGUGGGAAACGGAAACAGACGAAGAGGACAAUGAGUCCGAAGGUGACUUCACUCACUCUUUCGCAAACACAGCAGAUGUAGAGACUGCGAUGGAGGCCUUGGAGGACCGAUUCAGGUCUCAGACCAUAUACACGAAAGGCGAACCUGACUACUUCCUGUCCAUCUUCAAAAGUCCGACCUUUGCACACUACAUACCGGAAUCCAUCAGGUCCCACCCUCCGGACCUGAUGGCAACAAUGCGUCUGAGCAUGAGACGAGUCAAGGAAUAUAGAGAUGAUGAAGGGUCGAUCGAAGCAGAUUUCAUGAGCAUGCUUGACCGUGAGAAGUCAAAGGUAUUCAAACACAGCUGGCACCAAGGCGACCUUUCGCACAAUGCUAUGAGAAAAGAGAUCCAUUGGCGAGUGAUGGCGUCCGUUAUGGACGACAUUAUCAUGACCAGCCUCAACUCCGGACCUUUCGAGCUCUGCAAGUUCAUGGAAAUGGCGCCUCUCUUCACCCAAGAACGACGAAUCGUGGACGAUGCCUUCAACGCCUACGCCGCCGUUGCCCUCUUCUUUGACACCCAAACCUUGCUCUCCUCGGAAGAAGGCCAGGUCUUCAAAGACUCCAACCUCAUCGACCAAGUCGAACGCGCCAAGCACGUCCCCGACCGCCGCACCCACAGAUCCAACAAAACCAUGCCCAAGUCCUUCUGGGAAGCCUGGGACACGCUCCGGCGCGACCACGACCGCACCGAAGACGACCCGACCUACGACAUCAUGCCGCUCUCCUGGCGCAAAGCGCUACGCACCGCCAUAAUCCGCCUCUUCAAAGUCGGCAUCAUCCAGAACUCCUAUACCGAGGGCGCAGACGGGUACGCCAUUGCCGCCGCGGAGCCCGGCCGCCCGCACGACCUCUACAUCGACUGGCGCACGAACAUGCCCCUCGCGCAGGCCCUCAGCCACCUCGUGGACCCCACGCCGUUCGACCGCGUCUACCUCCUCGACAAGGCCCGCGCGUUCAAGGAAAAGCAUCCAGGUGCGUGCUUCUCAGCGCUGAGAAUGUGGUCCGCACCACACUUCUACCCGCUCAUGCUCGGCAUCGGGAAUAGGAAAGAGGUCGCCUUCCUCGACGACCGCGAGCGCCGCUGGGAAUUCAAGUUCAUCCCCAAGGACAUGCCGUGUAGCGAGUGGAGCGUGCACCAGCAGCUGAGUUCGCGAGUGGAACCAUAUCGCAGGAUGCUGAAGAAGGAGCAGGUCAUCGUGGCGCGCGAUUUGAUUCUCGUGAUGGGGAGGGACAGGAAGGAGUGUAGGAGGCUGAGCGAGGGGGUAACGUGGGCGGUCACGACGAGGCCGUGGAGACUGGAGAUUGAUUUCUGGAGGAGCUUUGUUGGGGUGGAUCUAGAGUUCUUGGAGGGGUUGGAUGAGAAGUGGUUGGAGUAGUGGUGGUGGGCAGGGUUUGGGUGGUGCAUUGAGGACUUGAGAAAUUGGGUACCAUCAGGAAGGUGGGACAAGGAGUUUGAAUCAUCCAACUACAUGUGCAUUUUUCUGGUCAAUCGGUUCAAGAUGUGAGGCUCACGCCGAAGUACGACCGUGCAAACGUCAAAUAUGGAUCUGAUUGCAGUUACGCGAGAGUAUAAGACCUCACCAACCCAGUCUGCACGAACGGCAAGUUUCCUCUUUCCACCCGUCUCAAAAUUAUUUCAGGGUUCCAGACUGGCCGGCCCACAACACCGUUCGCCCCUUCCCGAUGCCCUUUUUCCCGAGCGCUAGGUCGCGCCGUCGCCCCAGGCUGGCGAAGCCUGGUCUAAAACCUCGAAAAU